CUGCACCGAACUCGAAGACGCGUUCGAAGAUCGCGCUCAAUCCUUCACGAAUAUCAUCUGCUUCUCUUCCCGUGACCCUCCUAUCACGACUUAUCCUCUCCAACAUCCUACUUGUCGCGUCUCUCGACGCAGGGAAGGAAUGGCUCUUGUCGGUCGACCUACACCUAGGCGUUUUCUGGGUACUUAUUAGAGUGCUUGCAUUUGGCGGGCUUGCUGUUUUGGUAUGGGAGGGGGUUAAACAGGAGAUAACGAAAAGAGCGAAUGCAAGGGUCGAGUGGUCGGUCCUUGGAAUUGCAUCUUUGAUGCUGUUCGUUCAGCAAGCAUGUUUAUUGACAGCUCUCUAUAGAAUUUCUGCGAUAAGAGUUGCUUUAUUUACGAACUUCGCGUCGUUCUGGGUUGGAGCGCUAGUUCAGCACGACUCCAUGCGCAAAACGACUAUUCUCGGCGUCACUUUCUUAUUUUCGUUCCUCUCAGACAUGGGGUUUACGCUGUCCAAUGUCAAAUAUGCUCUCCCAGGCUAUGUGGUUGUAUUUAUAUACGGGCUCUCCACCGUAGGCCUCGAACAUACGCAAAGUGUUCUUGCACCUGCUUUAGGAGUGAAAGCUACGAGCAUGGCUACAAUACUAGGAGCAACUGUCAUUGGCCUUCCAUUUUAUCUCUUUAAGAGCCUAGUUUAUGAAUCCACCGAUGCACCUGCCGCUCCUUUGGUUGCCUUCGUAGCCCUACCAGCACUUGCAUAUUCUCUUCUGUACCUUACACCAAGAACGCGGGAAACCGUUAGUGCUGUUGCUUUACCAGCAAAGCACUUCAGGAUCUCGUAUGCGAGUACUCUGGUGCCGGCGCUUAUUCUCGGACCGCUUGCGUUUUCCCAAUUCCCUUCAUGGUCUGAUUGCAUUGUGGCCGGGCUACUCUUCUAUGGAUCUGCUCCAGAUAGCACUCAAACGCUCGCUAGUCCACCGCGUACUCCGACGAUUCGUCUGGCUAAGGCAUACUUGAAGACAGUCCUUGCAAAUCCUGAAUCACGCAAGAUAUUUUAUUUCUUGAUAUUAAAUCUAGCGUACAUGCUCGUCCAGAUGCUUUAUGGUGUUUGGACUAAUAGCCUGGGACUUAUCUCGGAUGCUAUUCAUAUGGCGUUUGACUGCAUGGCUAUUGCAAUGGGUCUUUUUGCGUCAGUCAUGGCUACCUGGCCGCCAAAUGAGCGUUUUACAUAUGGGUACGGGAGAAUCGAAACGUUGUCGGGAUUCGCAAACGGAAUUUUCCUCAUUCUUAUAUCCAUUUUCAUCGUGUUCGAGGCCAUCCAACGCAUUAUUGAUCCGCCUGAAAUGAAUACGAGCCAGCUACUUCUAGUUAGUACGCUCGGGCUUCUCGUCAACCUUUUCGGAAUGUUUGCGAUGGGUGGACACCAUCACCAUGGCCAUUCGCAUUCACAUGGUCAUCCUCAUGGUGGCGAAUCUACUUCGCAUUCGGGACAUGGGCAUAGCCAUUCGCAUUCUCCGGAGUUGCGAAUUUCGCACUCUCACCACGAUCAUGACCAUGAUCGCAAUCAUAGCCACUCCCCGAUUUCAAACUCUUCAACAAUAUCCGACUCCAUCGAAGCGUGUUCUGGAGAGCAUCACCAUGACCAUGAAGAGCACAACGCGAGCCAUCACGGUCUCGCCCCUCAUUACGCAACACCGACUCACUCUUCUUCCGCACAUGUUCACGCACAUGGUGAUGGUCACUUACAUGUGCCACAAAUAAAUGGGGCAACUGUUCCAGCAUCUGCACCUCCAGGCACCACGCGCUUUCAUGUUCGCUCGGUAUCUCUCCACAUCCCCGCCGGGCACAACCUUAGUCCACCUCUCAACUCUCCACCGAGUCCAAAUGGCCAUUUACUCCCGAACCCGCCUCAUAUGUCACGGCAUACUCGAACGCCAAGCAUGAUGCCUGCUCCCGGCCUUCUUUCUCCGUCGCUGUCUGAAAAUAAUCCUUCGUCACCGCUGACGCCAAGCUAUCAAUUCGGACAUGACGCACAUUUUGCGCAACACCAUGAUCAUUCACAUGGUGGGCACGUGCCGAACUUGCAUGAUCAUAGUCAUAGUCAUGGAGGAGAUCAUGAAGGACAUAGUCAUAAUAUGCGUGGCGUGUUCUUACACGUAAUGGCUGAUACGCUCGGCUCCGUUGGAGUUAUUAUCUCAACGUUGCUCAUCCAGUUUUAUGGCUGGACUGGCUUUGAUCCAAUCGCGUCCCUGUUUAUUGCUAUCCUCAUCGUAGCAAGUGUCGUUCCACUUGUCAUAGACAGCGGGAAAGUCCUCUGUCUCGAUGUAUCAGAUCGUGAAAAUAGUAUCAAGCAAGCGCUUGCCGAGCUAUCAAUGGUAGAUGGCCUAGUAAACUACACCGCACCCCGAUUCUGGCCAAAAGAUUCCUCGAGUCUGAUCGGCUCGAUACACGUCCAAUUAGCGCGUGCAACCCCUUCACUCGACGAUACGACAAAAGCAACGUGGGUAUCAGCUGAACGCGUCGUAGAACGCGUAGACUCGAUUCUACGCCGGAGAAUUUCAGGGCUGGAAGAAUUAACAAUUCAAGUUGAAGGUUCAGGUCCUGCGAGUGUUAGCAGCUAGCUAACUUACGUCGCGUAUAUUUUCAAUAAUUCGCUUUCCAUUACGGACUUGUUUAUGGAUCUGUGUAUUUAUUUAUUUACUCAAAGACGGAUUUUUGCAAC